CAAUUUACGUUAAACUGGUGGUAUAAAUGCGUGGGUAGGUCGUCGUCUUCUUUCUGGCCUAGCCAAGGAUCUCUCUCUUUCUUCUUUCAUAAACAACAUCACACAUCACUCACCUCUACUCCUCAGUCAGAUAUCUUUAAACAAAUAUUUUAGAGAGUGAGAGACGGACCUUGUUUCAUCUCCACGAUUUCACCAGAGAUGAUGAAGUUACGACGAGGAGUAGUUUCAUCGACCUUCUCCCUCUUACUGACCCUCUCUCUGUGUUGUGCCGAAAAAGAGGAUUUUUCUACUACAGGGUAUGUUCAAUUAGAGUGCUUGAGAGUACCGUCGUCGGAGUUCGCCGGAGCGGUCAAAACCGCCGUCGACUUAGUCAGAAAAGCCGGAGUUUUUGUGUCGAAAUUUGACAAGAAAUUUGGGAACUCACGAAUGGCCCAUGCGAUUCUUGAUUGCAUUGAUCUUCUUGAUUCAGCCUCUGAGGAGCUUUCUUGGAUUAUCUCUGCCUCUCAGAACCCCAACGGUAAAGACAAUAGUACAGGAGACAUGGCUUCGGAUCUAAGGACAUGGAUAAGCGCCGCUCUUUCUAACCAUGAAACCUGUCUAGAUGGGUUCGAGGGCACUAAUGGAGUUAUCAAAAAAGUUGUGGCCGGUGGUCUAAGCCAAGUCGGUAAAACCAUCCGAAAUCUACUUAUGAUGGUCCAUUUUUCCUCCAAACCCAAACCAACGCCCAAUAAAGCCCACAAGAAAAGCACCGCUCAUAGUGGCUUCAGUAAGUUUCCCUCAUGGGUUAGACCCGGUGAUCGGAGGUUGCUACAGACCGAUGGCUUAUCAACAUCGGCAGAUGUAGUUGUCGCAUCAGAUGGGACAGGGAACUUCACGACCAUAAGCGAGGCAGUGUUGGCUGCACCUGACUACAGUACAAAAAGAUAUGUGAUACAUGUGAAAAGAGGUGUUUAUGCGGAGAAUGUAGAGAUUAAGAAGAAGAAAUGGAACAUUAUGAUGGUCGGUGACGGCAUUGAUGCCACCGUGAUCACUGGUAACCGAAGUUUCAUCGAUGGUUGGACUACGUUCCGUUCUGCUACUUUCGCUGUUAGUGGAAGAGGAUUUAUCGCACAGAACAUAACGUUUCAAAACACAGCAGGGCCGGAAAAACAUCAAGCAGUUGCAAUCCGGUCGGACUCGGAUCUGGGAGUUUUCUAUCGAUGUGCGAUGAGAGGUUAUCAAGACACUCUCUACGCCCACACAAUGCGUCAAUUCUUUAGAGAAUGCAUUAUAACGGGCACCGUAGAUUUCAUGUUUGGAGACGCUACAGCUGUAUUUCAAGACUGCCAAAUCAGAGCAAAACAAGGCCUACCAAACCAGAAGAACAGCAUCACGGCUCAAGGACGUAAAGAUCCUAACCAGCCAACCGGAUUCAUGAUCCAGUUCAGUAACAUAACAGCUGAUACAGACCUACUUCCUAACUUAAAUACCACUGCUACUUACUUGGGUCGGCCAUGGAAACUAUAUUCUAGAACAGUGUUCAUGCAAAACUACGUGAGUGAUGUACUCAAGCCUGAAGGAUGGCUCGAAUGGAACGGCGAUUUCGCACUGGACACGUUGUACUAUGCCGAAUAUAUGAACAGCGGGCCGGGGGCUAGCCUUGACCGUCGUGUUAAGUGGCCAGGAUAUCAUCUGCUGAAUACUUCGGCAGAAGCUAUUAAUUUUACGGUGGCCCAAUUCAUACAAGGAAACUUAUGGUUACCUGCAACUGGUAUCAAAUACACUGCUGGUCUAGCUUCGUAAAUAAAUCAUGUUUGAUAUAAUUUUUCAUAUAGUGUGUUAAAAAAAAAAAUCUUUCAUAUAGAUGUUUUAUGAUAUUUCCAUUAUAUUUAUUCUAUAUAUGGCUUUAGUAAACGUUGAACUACAUGUUCUGUAAGGUUAAUAUGUAUUUAAAGAUAUAUACUAUGGGAAAUAAAGCUG